AUGAGAUAUCCUGUCGUCUCCCUCACUGCAACACAUUGCCGCGCACGACUCGAGCAACAGCGCCCACAGCCCCGCGUAUACCCAACUCACGCUGCUGGAGACCCUGCACAGCUCGCUUCAGAACCCGUCAUGGACCCACCACCGUCGUCGCGAUCCUCGUUCUCGGACCCUCCCUCCGCACCACAGGGCCCUAUACCCCUCUUUGACGGUCAUCUCCGCUAUCUUACCGACUCCUAUCUUGCUUUUUUCCAAGAAAGGAGACGCAUCGAGGAAACAUACGUCGAAUCACUCAGGAAACUCUAUCGGAAGAUUAAAUCAGUGGAUGCAUCGUUGGAUGACAGAGGGGAAUUGAGCACGAUUCGAAGUGCAUGGGCAGAAGUCGUCGAGAAUGUUGACCGAGAGGCUCAGACGAGACAAGCACUAUGCUCGACAUUAACGUCGGAUGUUAUUAGUCCGUUGGUCACAUUGAAAGAAACCCAAGAGCGUACGCGAAAGAGGAUCAAAGAAGAUCUUAAAGAUUCAGGUGCUGCGUAUAACGAGUACGCAGAGGUCAUGCUGCCAAAGUUAAAGAAUCGAUACACGAAGAAAUAUUCUGAGGUUGAGGAACAAAAGAAGGCUGCUACUGCACCCCCCCUGGUCUCUCCCCAACCAUCUCCUUCCAUGAACCCUGAACAAUAUACACACAACUCCAAGUCGAACCCAUCCAUCCCCUCUCGUCCAACAGUCACUGCCCCACAGCCGUUACGUGCACUCGAUCGACGACCUUCUGGAAGUGUUCCAGGUCGUAAUCGCUCUCCAUCGUCAUCGACGGCCUUCUCGGAUCUCGCACAUCAAGGGAAGAAACAGCUAAAUCAAUUAAUUGGGUUCUUGGAUAAGGGUGGAUCGGUCAAGGACAGUUUAGGAGUACGCGAGAACCAAGCACUUCGGACCGUUCGAGCUAAACGAGAUGCCGAUGAAGCAGAUAAAGAUUACCGAAAGGGCGUUCAUUGGCUCGAAACGCUGAGACUGCGACGCACCAAAAUAUUGGAAAGCGGGUAUAAGAGCCUCGAAAUGUUCGUCGAAGAAGUAUCGACUACAAUGAAGAAAGUGCUGGAGAAGUACAGCGACAACAUGACCGCUACUACCACCACACAAACACAAUUAUCUUCGCAUAUGCGUUCAAUCAUAGAUCGGAUAUCACCAGAGAAGGACAUUUCCAAGCUUAAAACGCAAAUACCCCGUUCACUUGCCUCUGCCAUACCUGAUCCGAUCUUAUACGAACAUGGUUUAGUUGGAGAAUGCAACGAUCUAAUAUUCGGCUUCAGCUUGGUGGACUACGCUACCGCGAAGCAGCUGCCGGAAGGCGCUGUACCCAAGAUUAUCCGUCUUUGUAUCGAAGAAAUCGAUAAGCGCGGCCUCGAAGCUGAAGGAAUAUAUCGAGUUUCUGGACGGCAUGCAGUAGUUCAGGCUCUCCAACAUGAGAUCGAGAAAGAUGAAAAUGCCUUCCAAUUCUCGUCGAAAGAUGACGUAUAUUGUGUCGCGUCCCUCCUAAAACUAUACCUUCGGGAACUACCAGAACCUGUCUUCAAGUUCUCCCUCCAAGAUCGCAUCCAGCACACGGAAGAUAGAGAGGAGCAUCUGUCAAACAACUUCGUGCUUCUGCGCUCGAAGAUUCGCAGACUACCCCCUGUGCAUCAAGCAACGCUGAAGGCUUUACUCGAACAUCUAGCCCGAGUCGUUGCAAAGUGUGAUAAGAAUAAAAUGGACGCCAAAAAUCUUGCUAUAGUCUUUGGAGGCGUGAUUUUCGGCGAUGAUGAGAUGCCAAAAGGAGGUGACCUGCUGAGCGUUCAGACUAUCAAGGAUUCCCUAAUGGAGGACCUCAUUUUAAACGCGCAUAUUCUCUACGACCACGAUCCCAAUUCUCCCCCUUUGCCUCCGACGCCUGCAGGUGAACCAGUGCCAGCAGUUACUUAUGGUUCAAAGAGCACGAAAGUGGCUACUGUCCCUGCUGACGGCGUGGCGUUGCUAUCGCCUCAAGAUUUCGCGCCGAAGCUUCCUGCACGUCCCAACAAUAGCAUACAUCCUUCAUCAAGGGCUAAUGCUCCUCCUCCGAGCAGAUCAAGGACGGCGGAGAAGGCGCUACCAUUGUCGAUCUCGGAGACACCAACGGAGUCAUCACCCUCGCCUUCUCCGACCGACAAAGCCUCGACCGUCGAGUCGACCAUGACGGGGCAAAGGAAUUCGAUCUCGUUCCCUGUCCCGGAGAGCCCACCCACGUCGCCAAAACCGCGUACAACGACGUUGGACGAAACAGCCGGUCAUGUGGGGGGUGCUACGGGCGGUAAAUAG